AUGGCUACACAGAUGAUGGUUAAGAAUCUGAGCUCAGCCGAUCAGAAGACCCUGGAGAUCGAGAUCAAGACACAACGAAAUGCGCUCAAGCGCUCCAAGCACAAGGUCAACUGCAUCAAAGAGCUUGACAGCCUCUGGGGCUCCCGUGAUGCCUGGCUCCCGCCAAGGUACCGAAGCAAGCAGCAUGAGAUUCCAGGUAUGAACAUUGUUGUUAGUCUGCGUUCUAUUACCCAAAAGGCAAUAAAGCUUGGCGUUCCACUUUCAUCGCUCUGGGAAGAUAGGGGAGACCUCCUUGAAGCCGCCAAGCUGAUGUCUGGAAAUCAUCCUCCUAUCCUGACUGCUAGGUCUGCUGAGCUGGCAAACAGAGAUUUUUUCUGGCACCACAGCUCCGCCCAGGCGAAACAGCGUGCAGCCUCCAGAAACGAAGACUCCGAAAUGGAGGACCUACCGGCCCAGAUGUGCCGGCAUAUCACUGCCGAGCAGGACCCGCCAUCAUCGCCCUCGCCUCUCUGGAACCACGACAACGAUGACGGUGGCUUUAGAGGAGCUUUGGGUGGAUUUGCAGACCUGGGCUCAGACAACGAUAGUGACCUUGGCGGGGAAUUCCAGUUCAACGUGGCCGAUCUGUCGCUUGGCUCUCUAUCUGUGACGGAUGAGAAUCAGAUCCCCAUACCCGAGGCCACGCCCAGUAAUGCUGUCAUUAUUGAAGACGACGCCGGCGCCCAAGAUUUGCCCGCGCCUAUCAAAUUCACAAUCCCCACCCCAGACAUUAACGUCAUUGAUGUCACGGAUACAGACUUGGCCGUUGGCCCGCCUGGUCUUCAUCUCUUACCAUCCAGCGUCGCCCUGUUUCUGCGCAUCCAAGAGCAAUUGAGCAAUAACGUCUGCUUGCACGACGACGUCCUUUGGUACACGCUCUGGUCUGCGAUGCCAUCAGCGGGAGAGCUGGCGCAUCAGAAGAUCAUCCUGAUUGACCCACUCCUCCUCUCCAUCGACGCCUGGCUGCCUGAUGGAACGGGUCUGAAACUUCCCGAGAUUCUUCACCGGAAGCUUGAGCAGUGCACAAUUUACGCACCGGUUCAUCAUCGGGACAGUGGGCACUGGACCGCCGUGCAAGUUCUGGUAGGGGCAUCUCAUGUUGCUGUCAAUCACUUCGACCCUUUGUUCAGCGCCCGUCGCUCGGUCCGCGUAAAAAGACUACUUGACAUGUUGUUGCGAGAAGCUUGUCCCGGUAGCACAAUUGAGUUUGUAGAAGCUGCCUGCCCACAACAGCUCGACUCAGUCAGCUGCGGUGUCUACACCAUUGGCGUGAUUCGACGUCUUAUAGGCGGCAAAUGCAUCCCUAGACACAUGGACCAAGAAGAAGAGCGCAAGAGCCUGCUUGCCAUGCUGCCCGAUCAUCAAGCGCUACAAAACACGUUCGAUCAUGAGAGAGGAGCACGUCUUUAUCUACGCAAGGGCCGACUGGGAGUCAGACCAAUCUCUUCAAUCUCCAGUGACUCUGAAGCCUUCAGCCUCGAGGCGACCCGAGUCGGAAAGUCAUUGAUAGCCAUGGCACAGCGUCGCACACUUGUCAGACUUAGCUCACCAGGUAUGGCGCCCACCGACUCCCGACCAAGUCUACACCCGCCAGCCCAGACUCUGGACCUCGUGACUCACGGCCGUAAACGUAAACGGAUCUUGUCGUCAGAUGAGGAUGAUGACCGCCCUACCAAGCACGCUGCUCUGACUGACUGGGCGCUUGGGGUCAGCAAACAGGCCAGUGCAUUCGCCUGCUCGGACGAUGUUCUUGAGCAGACGAGAUGCAGGCUACUGUACACCAGGCACAAAGAGGCGGUUAGUGAAGCAAGGCUCCACGCGGCAAUUGCCAGAGUACACGAGACCAAAGCUGCUGUGGAGGAGAGCAACGAGAAAGUUGCUGCGACUGAGUUCCUUGACGCUGUCCAGCAAGCCGCAAGGAAGUCGGCAACUCUGAUUGCACAACAUAGCAGCAAUGCUUCGCAAUCCAAAAUUGCCGAAGCCAUAAAUGCGACCACAGUCCUACUGACAUCAGCUCUCCGGGGUACGGGGCCUAGUGCGGCAACAUCUGGCGAGGUGCACGAGGAACUGGCUCGAGCCAAGGAAGCGCUUCAGGGUGCCAUGGGCAGCGCGACGGCAGAAAUGCGGGCCUUACAGGCAAGCGCGGUGCGCAAGCGACAGGAUGAAGUGCUGGUGCGGCAGCAGGAGGGACUGCAGCUUGUGCGCGAUGGUCUUGCACAGAUACAAUCAUGGUCGGAGUGA